CCAGACGCUAGAGGGCGGGGCGAAGGCCAACGUUUAACCUCCCAGGAGUAUGGGCGUGGCCAGAAGAGGCGGGGCAUAGGGCAAGUGGACGUUCAGGGCAUGGACAGGAGAGGUGAGAAAAGGUGGAGAGAGAAGGUGUCGGUGGGGACAGUGAGGAUCGCGAAGUCAGCGUGGGUGUGGGGCGACCGGAGGUCUUACGGCCCGAGGAUUGUCUACAGCAAGACAAGACCCGGGGACCACGAGCGACGUCUAGGCGAAGACAAACACUGGGGCAAGGAGAGAGUUAUCUAUGAGAGGGAGUACGGCAAGGAGCGACCACCCUGCGAAGACAGAUCCCGGGGCGAGGGAAGGCCGCCCGGAGAAGAGCGAUCCCGGGGCGGGGAGAGAACCCGAGGCUUAGAGAGGCCCCGCGACCAGGACAGGCUCCCUAGGGAGAAGGCGCAGGCCCGGGAGACAGCUGGCGCCGAGUGGCAGGCGGGUGCUGAGGAGAAACCCCCGGGGCGGGAGCAGGAACAGGGCCGGGCCGCCCACGACCCGGGGAGAGGGAGAAACCAGGAGAGAAAGAGGAGCUGGGAGCCCAGCGCCAGCAAGACUCAGGGCCUGAGCCGGGACAAGGGGCGUGGCCAGGAGAGAAAGCCCAGCGAGGAGCCAAUCGUCAGCAAGACUCAGGGCCUGAGCCAGGACAAGGGGCGUGGCCAGGAGAGAAAGCCCAACCAGGAGCCCAGCGCCAGCAAGACUCAGGGCCUGAGCCGGGACAAGGGGCGUGGCCAGGAGAGAAAGCUCAGCCAGGAGCCCAGCGCCAGCAAGACUCAGGGCCUGAGCCAGGGCAAGGGGCGUGGCCAGGAGAGAAAGUUUAGUGAGAAGCCAAUCGCCAGCAAGACUCAGGGUCUGAGCCAGGACAAGGGGCGUGGCCAGGAGAGAAAGUUUAGCGAGGAGCCAAUCUAUGUCAAGGGGCGUGGCCAGGAGAGACAGCCCAGCGAGGCACCGAUCUACAAGACUCAGGGUCCGAGCCAGGGUCCUAGCUGCAUGGUGUGCUGGCCAGCCAUGUCCCCUGUCAGCCCUGUGUGGUCGAGAAAACCAAAUCAAUGGGCGUUCUGGGAACUGCUGCUAGUGCUACUGUUGUCGUGGAAGUCGUGGGCGGUGUAUCAUUUACAACAGUGCCGCUGGCUUGUUGCCCUGAACAAGUUCGAGAGAGUAGGCUCGCUCCUCUCUAAGGAUUGGUUUCUGGAACAAGAACCCACGGAUACAGUGGCCGAGGUGUUCGAAAAGUUGGUAGACUCGCCAGUCGACCCGCGGGAGAAAUAUAUGGGCUUUCCUUACUACCUGAAAGUCAACUUCUCCUGUAUGGGAAAGAAUGACGAGGAGCUAGUCCGAAAGGGCCAUCUGAUGGGGAUGAGACCCGUGGUCCUGAUCAGCUACAAGUACCCAGUCAAUUUCUAUCGCUGGAAGAUUGAAAACCUGCAGAUUCAGAUGGAGGCUGCCCCAUUGCGCAGCGCAGGGUUCUGCGUAGCGGAGGUCAUGUGUGCCUUGAACUGGUAUGCACCCAUGCCCAUCAAAAACGGCAGCGUAGUCAUGAGUGUGGACAUCAGCAGCAAUGGCUUGGAGCCCUACAUUCCCCCCAAAAGGUUCUACAUGAAUAUGAAUGGCUUCUUGAAGAGAGAUGCAAGUGGUAAACCCAUCUUCACCAUGGGAUACGAGACCUUCAUUAUGAAGAGUGCACACUUUAAGCAUUCCAAAUCGAGACCCUUGUGGUACACUAUAAACCAUUCACCCGUGUUCAUCCUCGGUGGGAUCGAAGACGAAAAGACCAUCUUGCUUUCAGACACUAGUUUCCAGGACUACUCUCUUGUGGAGGUGAGCAUUGACAGUUGCUGGGUCGGCUCCUACUACUGUCCCAUGCUUGAAUUCUCAGCCACCAUCCAUGAUGCCAUUUCCACCGAGAGCACGCUCUUCAUUCGACAGAACCAGCUCGUCUACUAUUUCACAGGCAGAUACUCUACGCUCUUCGAUAAUAGCCACAGCAGCAGUAGCUGGGUUCGCGUCCUGGCUAGCGAGUGCAUUAAGAAACUGUGCCCCGUGUUCAUCCAUGGCAAUGGCUCUGAGUACAUCCUAGCGCUUACCACUGGCAAGCAUGAAGGUUACAUUCACAUCGGGACCAUCACAGAUGGUCUCGUGUCCUUCCAGAUGGUGCCGGAGAGAUGGUCAAUAUGUGAUAAGUUACCGGGUAUAAACUGCUCCAUCAACUGGGCUACAUACAUCGUGGACGAGAAGAACCUGCUACUAUUGGUGCAGGUCCUCUCCUUGGAGUCAGUUUUGGCCUACUACCUACUCAGCUUUAACUUAGAGACCCAGGAGAUGACUAUUCUCUACAUAAUUCCGUUGUUUAUCCCAGAAGUUCAGGGUUUGGACUUCCUGGUGCUUGAUGGGAAAGAGUCCUAUACCACCACUGCUAUGAUACCCAAGGGCUUGUUCUUCAACACAUUCAACAAUAUGUUGUACAUCUGGGGCAACUUCAUCCUGCAAAGCUACAAUAGGAUGCACUUCAUUUUUCUGGCGGACUUCCCAAAGGAGUCCACCAUCAAAUACAUGGUCAGCUCUUACCAAGGAGACAUGGCUUUUGUCACAGAAAAUGAUGAGAUCUGGUACUUUCUGGAAGGUGGCUAUGAUGUAUACCAGAUUAUUCCGUCCAAAGGCUGGAGCAUCUACUUUAACCUGCAGAAGAUGCAUCAGUCAUCACUCUUUGCGGACCAAGAGUUCUUGGUUAGCCUCUUCUAUGAAGAUGGGCAGCUCUACCAGCUGAUAUAUCUUCUGGAGUCCGGGAGUGAACGUUUGGUCAAGAGGGUCUUGCCUGUGGCACAGUUGCUGCUGUAUGACCAGAACAACCCCAUCACACUGGAGAGGCAUGGGAACUACAGGAUGCCCUCCUUCACCAACUUCUGCCCUUUCAAGGUGAUGCGUCUGCGUGACCUGCCCAAAAAGCAGCAUUUCGCACGUCAGGAGCUCUACCAUGCUCCACCACCUCUGGUCUCCGAAUCCCUGGGCUUCCACAAUAAUAAGACACUUGCUGUCUACCAAGGCCUUGUUUAUUACCUGCUGUGGCUGCACUCCAAGUAUGACAAGCCCUACGCGGACCCCGUGCACGAUCCUACCUGGCGCUGGUGGGAACAAAAAACCCAGUACAAGGAUUACUACUUCUACCUAUCCAGCAACUGGCUGGCGGCGGAAGGCGUGUACAUCGACAUGAGCAGCUACCAAAAGCUCUACAACAUCUCGAACGACUACGGGCUGCCCGAGACUGUUUUCCUGGACAAGGGCAACACGUUCAGCUUCACCAUCUUCCUGACGUCGCAAGAUGACACCUUCAAGCUCAGCUCCAACCCCGUCUCGGGCUACCAGGUGGAGAAGAAGUUGGCAGUGGCUGUGGUAGUGGCAGAUCCCGACUGCCUUGAGGCAUCUGUGAAUCAGGAGGUCCUUCUUAAUCGCAAAGCGGUGCUCUACAGGAUUACAAUCAAGGACAGAAAGGUCUGCUAUGACCAGGGCCUCAGUGGACAUAACCUCAAGAAGACUUCCAUGAUGGUCAAAGUGUUGGGAUCUUCCGGGAAAUGCUUCCAGACCACGUACCAUGGGUCAAGCAUGCAAGGUCACUUGAUGGUGCCAGUGUUAAUCGGCUGUCCCCCUGGCAAGCGUCUGGCCUUCGACGUCACCUACACGAUUUUGCACACCCGGGAGUUAAACAAACACUAUUUCGACUGUGCGCGGAUGAACCCCGAGAUGCCGUGCUUUCUGUUCCGUGACUUGUUUCAGCCCUUCUUCUUAGUCCAAGACAUGGUGACCGGAGACUCUGGCAGUUUCCUGGGCAGUUACGUGCUGAAGGUGGUGGGCGGAGGUCCCACCAUUGACACCAUCAGAGAUUACACAGAAGAAGAAAUCUACCGUUACAACAGCCCGCUGGACAACACCAACAGCCUCAUCUGGAAAACAAAGGCUGAAAGGACCACUUACGACAAGAAGUUCUACAUUAUGUCCUAUCAGAGUCCGGGAAUUGAGUGGCUGUGUUUAGAGAACUCCCCAUGCCACGAUAUCACCCCCCAGAACAUCUUUGCACCUGAUUUCUUUCUCAAGUUGCUGGUGAGCAAUAGUUCUGGACUCCAUUCCCUCCUCAGGGGAGUGGACAGUAGCACAUACUGUGACUACCAGCUCAUCUUUAUACUGCACAUGCAUGGGCUGCCGCUCAGUGGCAAGCGGUCACUCUUCAUCGUCAUUGUGUCCACCAGCCUGCUUGUGGGCCUGGUGGUCUUCUACAUCAUGUUCUGCCUCCUGUGGCCCCACGUAGUGAAGGCCUGGGUCACAUUACGCUGGAAGAUUAACAACAUCUUGGCGUCAGAAUCCUACUACACAUACGCCACCUCCAAUGCAGCCUUCAGUUUCCAGUCUCGUUCGGGCUCCGAGGCAAGCUCCAAGGCUCCCUCCAAAGCAGGUUCCAAAGAGACCACAGCAGACAGGAAUGAAGUGGCUGCCUGAGUCUGCAGGCUGCGCCCUUCCUCAGAUCCCUGCCUCUCCUAGUGGGAACGUAGCCUGCCACCUACCCAGGGGUUUCUAGAAAGUUCACGCCUCCUUCAGACCCAAAUAAAGUCUCAUUUCAGAAUCA